AUGUCGCGUCGUAAACAGUCAAAACCACGAGCUUUUCUCAAGUUGGGUGAAACAUCAUCAUCUGGAGCUACAGCAGAGGAAUGUGAAGAUCCGUUGGCUUUAUUAGAUCCCAAAGAGGAGUUAUUGAGUGAAACGGAAAGUUUAGAAAUGGAAGAUGAAAAUAAAUCAGAUGCUCCAGCUGACAUGGAUAUAAACCACAAACUAUUAGCUCUUGCUCCUACACAGCCAGCUCUUCCUCCGGCUGCUCCCCCUCUUUCUUCUCAAGAGGCUUCAGCAGCAACAAUAACAUUACCAGCCAUAACAAACAAUAACAAUGAUCAUCUUAGUGAAACUAAUGAUUCUGCCAAUAAAGUAUUAAAUAUUGUUAAUUCAGAAGACCUCAUUGCUGCUGACAAUAAUAUUGAUGAAACGAAAACUUCUGAAGAUAAAUGUAAUAAAGAUCUUUUGGAAAAUAACCAUGAAAAAGAUGUAAAUGAUACAUUUAAUGAGUUUGAUGAUCUAGACGAUGACGUAGAUGAUGAAGAUCUUGAUGAGGAUUUAUUGAGUUUGGAUAGUUAUUAUUCUGGUUCCAAUUUUAAAUGUAUAAUUACAUUGAAUUUGGUACCUUUGGUAUCUUUCACUAAGGAGCAAGAUGACGAAGAGCUUUAG